GUGAGGGAGCUGCGGUUGCUGCCAUGCCCGAGCCGGCCAAGUCCGCCCCCGCGCCCAAGAAGGGCUCCAAGAAGGCGGUGACCAAGACGCAGAAGAAAGGCGACAAGAAGCGCAAGAAGAGCCGCAAGGAGAGCUACUCCAUCUACGUGUACAAGGUGCUGAAGCAGGUGCACCCCGACACGGGCAUCUCGUCCAAGGCCAUGGGCAUCAUGAACUCCUUCGUGAACGACAUCUUCGAGCGCAUCGCCGGCGAGGCGUCGCGCCUGGCGCACUACAACAAGCGCUCCACCAUCACGUCGCGGGAGAUCCAGACGGCCGUGCGGCUGCUGCUGCCCGGCGAGCUGGCCAAGCACGCCGUGUCCGAGGGCACCAAGGCUGUCACCAAGUACACCAGCUCCAAGUAGGCGCUUUCUGUGUCCUCUGUCGGAUAUUUUCCACCCAAAGGCUCUUUUAAGAGCCACCCACCUUUUCAGCAAAGGAGCUUUAAUUUCUUUAUUUUAGCAGAAUUUUUUUCAGAGUGUAUUCUGUACCUUAGCAUUGACUGUUUAAUCCCAAAUACCGAAAACAACUAUUUAGUUAAGUAGUACAAAUAUAAAAUCCUACUUAGAUCCUAUUCGUAUUUUUUUAGGCUUGCAUAUUGUUUUCCCUACUGAACCCUUCUAUUUACUGAUAAGCCUUCAUUUUGCUCAUUAUGGAAGAGUUGCUUCAAUUGCCAGGCCUUUAAAGGGCACCUUUCCUGUGCCAUCCACCUCCUGUAAAUCAGCCAGUCCUUUCUGAAAAGAGGGAGUUCAAAUCUGCCCUGGGUUUCAGCCGUGGCCUCUCCCCUCUCAUAUCUCUCACAGAAAAAUGCCAUGUAUUUCAAAGGUGCCUUCCUGAAUUU